UCAUUUUCUACCCCGUAUAGCACUGCCUCAAAUUUAACUCUUUCAAUCUUUUUUUUCUACCUGGAUUUUUUUUUUUUAUUUAAACAAUUUCAAUGAGUUCUCUCCCAAAUGAUCAGGAUCUUGUGGAUUAUCAAGAAGAGGAAGAACAAGUAUUAGACGUGAAAGAGAAAACAAAUAUAGAUAAUCAGAACGGUGAAGAUGGUCCAGUUAGAGGGAGUUAUGUGGCUAUUCACACAUCUGGGUUUCGAGAUUUUUUUUUAAAACCAGAACUUUUGAGAGCUAUAGGAGAUGCGGGAUUCGAACAUCCUUCUGAAGUUCAACAUGAAACGAUACCCCACGCUAUAACUGGUGUUGAUAUUCUUUGUCAGGCGAAAUCAGGAAUGGGGAAAACAGCAGUUUUUGUUUUAAGUAUUUUACAGCAGCUUCCUUCCGAUCCCGGAAGUCAUAAUGUCUUGUGUAUUGCAUUAGCUCAUACACGUGAACUUGCGUUUCAAAUCAAAAAUGAGUUUGAUCGAUUUAGCAAACAUAUGAAAGGCAUUAAAUGUGAAGUUGUUUUUGGUGGUAUACCUAUUCAAAAACAUAUAGACAUGCUUCGAAAACCGGAAUCAACUCCCCAUAUUUUAGUGGGUUCUCCUGGUCGACUUUUAGCACUUCUUCGACAAAAUCAUUUGAAAACUGAAAAAGUUUCUCAUUUUGUUUUAGAUGAAUGUGAUAAGUGCUUAGAAAAAUUAGAUAUGCGUAAAGAUGUUCAAGAAAUCUUUAUGAAAACUCCUAAAAAGAAACAAGUCAUGAUGUUCAGUGCCACUUUAAGCCGUGAAGUACGAGAAGUUUGUAAACGUUUUAUGCAAAAUCCAGUUGAAGUUUUUGUUGAUGAUGAAACAAAAUUAACUCUUCACGGACUCAUACAGCAUUAUGUUAAAUUGACUGAAAAUGAAAAAAAUCGCCGAUUGAACGAUUUAUUGGAUAAGCUUGAAUUUAAUCAAGUGAUUAUUUUUGUCCGAAGUGUCCAAAGAGCCCAGGCCCUUGAUCGACUUUUAAAUGAUUGCAGUUUCCCUUCUAUAUGUAUUCAUGCUGGAUUAGAUCAACCAGAAAGAAUUUCGCGUUACCAGCAGUACAAAAAUUUUGAAAAACGCAUCAUGGUAGCAACAGACUUAUUUGGACGCGGUAUUGAUAUUGAAAGAGUCAAUAUUGUUAUCAAUUAUGAUAUGCCUGACUCAACGGACUCUUAUUUACAUCGUGUUGGACGAGCUGGACGAUUUGGUACUAAAGGCCUAGCAGUAACAUUCGUUGCUUCACAGGAGGAUAGUGAUAUAUUAAAUCAAGUUCAAGCUCGGUUUGAAGUUAGCAUUACAGAAAUACCAGCCAAUCUCCGCUCUUCAUGUUACAUUAAUCAAUAAGAAAUCUUGGUACUCAUUUUUCUAAAAACGUUUCUUUUCUUACUUAAAAACAAUUUAUUUUAAAAAAAAUUAAAAAAAAAUAUUGUAAAAAAAAUAAGUUUAUUCUUUCAUCAGUUGUAUUGAAAGAAUUUUGCAUGUUAAUCUCGUUUUGUAAAAUCACCCAAAGCUACAGUGUCAUAUAUAUAUAUAUGUUUAUAUGAAUAGAACAUACAAAUUAAAAUGGAAAGAGAAGUUGUUUUAUUAAAUU